AAUCAUCAAUAAACUUUGAGAAAUGGAUGAAAUAAAAAUACGAUAAUGUUAUGAAUUUAGAAGGAAAGGGGGCGCAAGUGAUCUACAAAUCCUCUGUUUUUCCUUUUCAAAUCCACAAAUUGGAAGAAUUUUCAAAAAAGAAGUCAAAAAUUUUCAGGUCACUUGGGUUCACCUUAAUUUCUUCGAGCUUUUGAAGAUUACUCUUGGUGGGUCGAUUUCUUCUGGGUUUUCAUUGAUACCCAGAUCUUGAAGAGGAGCAAUGGUUGCAGAGCCUUGGAUUGUCAAAAUGGGUAACCAGGUUAGCGCUAAUCUCAAAAACGCCCUCCUCGAGCCUUCUAAGAACAAGAACAAUGGCAAUAAUAAGCAAACAAUCGGUAUUCUAUCUUUUGAGGUUGCUAAUAUAAUGUCCAAAACGAUUUACCUUCAUAAAUCUCUGUCUGAUUCUGCCAUUUCUAAGCUCAAGAACGAGAUCUUGAGCUCUAAUGGUGUUAAAAACCUUGUCUCUUCUGAUGAUGUUCAUCUUCUUGAGCUUGUGGUUCUUGAGAAGCUUGAGGAUUUGAACCGUGUGGCUAAUGUGGUAUCUAGGCUUGGUAGGAAGUGUUCUCAACCUGCGCUACAAGGGUUUAAACAUGUGUAUUUGGAUAUCAUUAAUGGAGCUAUAAAUGUGAAGGAAUUGGGGUUUUUGGUUAAGGAUAUGGAAGGGAUGAUGAGGAAAAUGGAGAGGUUUGUGAAUGUUACAGCGAAUUUGUACACUGAAAUGGAGGUUUUGAAUGAAUUAGAACAGGCUGCUAAGAAGUUUCAGAACAAUCAGCAUGAACAAACUAGAAAAGCUUAUGAACAGAAACUCUUAUGGCAAAAACAGGACGUGGGGCAUUUGAAGGAGAUUUCUUUAUGGAAUCAAACGUUUGAUAAGGUUGUUGAAUUGCUUGUAAGAACUGUUUGUACGGUUUAUGCGAGGAUUCAUCAUGUUCGGAUCGAUGCAGAGUCGAUGGAAUCGAAACGUGUGUUCAUUGAGAGAGGCCAUGGAGCGAGACAUGGGUCGAGUUUCAAAUCUCAAGUUAGCUCGAAAAGAAGCGAGGUUCCAUUGUUUGAUGACUUCAAUUUUCCUUGUGGAACGAAUCCCGGGAGGGUUCUUAUGGAUUGUCUUAGUUUAAGUAGUUCUGGGGAUGAGGAUAGUUAUGUCGACCACAACGAUCCGAGCUGCCAACGCUCCAGUCGUAGCAUUAGGAACAGUGGCUCCAGUCAGGUGCAGUUCUCUGUUCCAUUUGGAGUGGAUUUAAGACAAGCAAACAGUGGAGGGAGCUUCGGGUUCAAGAGUAGGUUAUUAUCGGUCUAUGCACCGGUUUCGACUGUCGGAGGCUCGGCUCUUGCUUUACAUUAUGCAAAUAUCAUCAUUGUUAUAGAGAAAUUGCUUCGUUAUCCUCAUUUAGUUGGCGACGAAGCUCGGGACGAUUUGUAUCAGAUGCUACCAACAAGUUUAAGAUCAUCCCUGAAAACACAUUUGAAGUCUUAUGUUAAGAACAUGGCUAUAUAUGAUGCUCCUCUUGCCCAUGAUUGGAAGGAGACACUCGAUGGGAUCUUGAGCUGGCUCGCUCCGUUGGCACACAACAUGAUUCGAUGGCAAACCGAGCGUAAUUUUGAGCAACAUCAGAUUGUGACUCGAACGAAUGUCUUGCUGAUCCAAACUUUGUACUUUGCCGAUCGAAAGAAGACCGAGGAAGCCAUAUGUGAGCUUCUUGUUGGAUUGAAUUACAUAUGUCGCUACGAGCAUCAGCAAAAUGCAUUGCUCGAUUGUGCGAGUAGUUUCGACUUUGAAGAUUGUAUGGAGUGGCAGUUGCAAUGUAAAGCUUCGUAUCUUACUUGACGAUGACGGUACAGGCGUCGUCGAUAUUUGUUUCUUUUCCUUAUUGUACAGUGCAUUUAGAGCAGUGAUUGUUCAAUAGAAUUGUGAAUACUGAGCA